CGGGCCGCGCGGCCGCGCUGCCCGGCAGUGAACGGCUCCCGCAAAGCCCAGUGCUGGGCGGAGGCAGGAAGCCUUUCAAUUUUGUCCAGAAUGGAGCAGCCCAAAGGGGUUGAUUGGACGGUUAUCAUCCUUACAUGCCAGUACAAGGACAGCGUUGAGGUCUUCCAGAGAGAGCUGGAAGUGCGCCAGAAACGAGAGCAGAUCCCUGCAGGGACAUUGGUGCUGGCUGUGGAGGACCCCGAGACUCGUGUGGGCAGUGGAGGAGCCACCCUCAAUGCCCUGCUGGUGGCUGCUGAGCACCUGAGUGCCCGGGCAGGCUUCACUGUGGUCACAUCUGAUGUCCUACACUCAGCCUGGAUCCUCAUCCUGCACACAGGCCGAGACUUCCCCUUCGAUGACUGCGGCCAGGCCUUCAUCUGCCUCCCUGUGGAGAACCCGCAGGCCCCCGUGGAGGCUGUGGUCUGCAACCUGGACCGCUUGCUGGACAUCAUGAGCUACCAGCUGGGCCCAGGCUCCCCGCCAGGUGUGUGGGUCUGCAGCACGGACAUGCUGCUGUCUGUUCCUCUCAACCCAGGGAUCAGCUGGGAUGGCUUCCGGGGAGCCAGAGUGAUCGCCUUUCCAGGGAGCGUGGCCUAUGCCCGGAACCACGGUGUCUACCUCACUGAUCCCCAGGGCUUCGUGUUAGACAUUUACUAUCGGGGCACUGAGGCGGAGGUACAACGGUGCGCCAGGCCUGAUGGGCGGGUGCCGCUGGUCUCCGGGGUUGCCUUUUUCUCUGUGGAGACUGCUGAGCACCUCCUUGCCACCCACGUGAGCUCGCCCCUGGACGCCUGCACCUACAUGGGUUUGGACUCUGGAGCCCGGCCUGUCCAGCUAUCUCUGUUUUUCGACAUUCUGCUGUGCAUGGCCCGGAAUGUGAACAGAGAAGACUUCCUGGUGGGACGGCCCCCAGAGAUGGGGCAAGGCGACGCGGACGUCGCAGGCUAUCUUCAUGGUGCCCGGGCUGAGCUGUGGAGGCAACUUCGUGGUCAGCCCCUCACGAUGGCAUAUAUCCCUGACGGCAGCUACAGCUACAUGACGAACUCGGCCAGCGAGUUCCUGCGUAGCCUCACAUUCCCUGGAGCUCCGAGGGCCCAGGUUGCCCACUCUCAAGUAGAGGAUCCAAAGCUCCUGGAGGCUGGGAGCUCCGUGAUCAGCUGUCUGCUGGAGGGCCCUGUCCAGCUGGGCCCUGGAAGUGUUCUGCAGCACUGCCAUCUCCGGGGCCCUAUUCACAUCGGCACCGGUUGCUUCCUGAGUGGCCUAGACACAACUCAGUCUGAGGCACUACAUGGCGUGGAGCUGCAUGACCUUGUCCUGCAGGGGCAUCACUUGCGGCUGCACGGCACCCCUGUCCGUGCCUUCACCCUUGUUGGCCGUCUGGACAGCUGGGAAAGGCAGGGGACAGGGAGGUAUCUCAACAUGUCCUGGAGUGAAUUCUUCCAGAAGACAGGCAUUCGAAACUGGGACCUGUGGGACCCAGACACACCCCCCACAGAGCGUUGCCUUCCCAGUGCCCGCCUCUUUCCUGUGCUCCACCUAUCAAGGGCUCUGGGGCCCCGGGACAUGCUGUGGAUGUUAGACCCCCAGGAGGAUGGGGGUGAGGCCCUGUGGGCCUGGAGGACCUCCUGGCGCCUGUCCUGGGAGCAGCUGCAGCCGUGUCUGGACCGGGCUGCCACACUGGCCUCCCGCCGGGACCUGUUCUUCCACCAGGCCCUGCAUAAGGCGCGCAAUGUGCUAGAGGCCCAGCAGGACCUCAGCCUGCGCCCGCUGAUCUGGGCCGCUGUCCAUGAGGGCUGUCCUGCGCCCUUGCUGGCCACGCUGGACCAGGUUGCAGCUGGCGCAGGAGACCCAGGCGUGGUAGCCCGAGCACUGGCCUGUGUGGCAGAUGUACUGGGCUGCAUGGCAGAAGGCCAAGGUGGCUUACGGAGUGGGCCCGCUGCCAAUCCCGAGUGGAUUCGGCCCCUCUCGUACCUGGAGUGUGGAGACCUGGCUGAGGGUGUGAAGGCACUUGCCCAGGAGCGUGAAAAGUGGCUGAGCAGACCAGCCUUGCUAGUGCGAGCUGCUCGCCACUACGAGGGGGCCCAGCAGAUCCUGAUCCGCCAGGCUGUGAUGUCAGCCCAGCACUUUGUCUCCACACAACCGGUGGAGCUGCCGGCACCUGGGCAGUGGGUGGUGGCUGAGUGCCCAGCUCGAGUGGAUUUCUCUGGAGGAUGGAGCGACACGCCACCCCUCGCCUAUGAGCUUGGUGGGGCAGUGCUGGGCCUGGCUGUGCGAGUGGACGGCCGCCGGCCCAUUGGCGCCAGGGCUCGCCGCAUCUCAGAGCCUGAGCUGUGGCUGGCAGCAGGGUCUCGGCAGGAUGGGAUGACUGUGAAGGUUGUGUGCCGGAGCCUGGAGGACCUGCAGGACUACUGCCAGCCCCAGGCUGCAGGGGCCCUGCUGAAGGCAGCCUGUAUCUGUGCGGGGAUCGUGUAUGUCCACUCCAAGCUCUCGCUGAGUGAGCAGUUACUGUGCACUUUUGGGGGUGGCUUCGAGCUGCACACCUGGUCUGAGCUGCCCCAUGGCUCUGGCCUUGGCACCAGCAGUAUCUUGGCGGGCACCGCCCUGGCCGCCUUGCAGCGGGCGGCAGGCCGAAUGGUGAGCACGGAGGCCCUGAUCCACGCGGUGCUGCACCUGGAGCAGAUGCUCACCACAGGAGGUGGCUGGCAGGACCAAGUGGGUGGCCUAAUGCCUGGCAUCAAGGUGGGGCGUUCCCGGGCUCAGCUACCAUUGAAGGUUGAGGUGGAAGAGAUCACUGUGCCUGAGGGCUUUGUCCAGACACUCAAUGACCACUUGCUCCUGGUGUACACUGGCAAGACCCGCCUGGCUCGCAACCUGCUGCAGGUGAGCCCCAGCCCCAGGAGGAGGAAGGGAGGCAGAAGGCUCAGCACAGCCCAGAUCCUCAUUGCACCCCUACUGCCCCAUCUGCAGGAUGUGCUGAGGAGCUGGUAUGCCCGGCUACCUGCCGUUGUGCAGAACGCUCACAGCCUAGUGCGGCACACGGAGGAGUGCGUGGAAGCCUUCCACCAAGGAAGCCUGCCUCUGCUGGGCCAGUGCCUGACCUUGUAUUGGGAGCAAAAGAAGCUCAUGGCUCCAGGCUGUGAGCCCCUGGUCGUGCGAAGAAUGAUGGAUGUCCUGGCCCCCUACGUGCAUGGCCAGAGCCUGGCAGGGGCAGGUGGUGGGGGCUUUCUCUACCUGUUGACCAAGGAGCCAAGGCAAAAGGAGGCUCUGGAGGCUGUUCUGGCCAAGACUGAGGGCCUCGGGAACUACAGCAUCCACUUGGUAGAAGUAGACAUGCAGGGCUUGAGCCUGCAGCUGUUGGGGAGUGAGGCCUCAACCUGAUACCCCUUCCCAUGAGGCCUGUCCCUCUGCAAGAGAAAACGUGGAGCUACAGCAAUGCCCUUGCACCCCACUUCAGAGCACUCAGCCUCCUACUCCCCAUCUCGUUAUGAAUCUGCUCCCACAGGAAGCUGACUUGAGUUUGGGCCCAGUCCCUCCUGAAGACUGGUGAAACAGAGACUGUGCUUGGGAACAGGGCUGUGACCUCCUGGUUGACAGUGGCCUAGGCCUGACCUCUGCUUCUGACCUCUGGACAGAAGGUCCUAAGCUCAGUGUCCCUUGUGGCCUUUACAAAUGCCAUGGCCCAGCUGGAGCCUUGACCGUUUCCCUCUCCACAAGGGCUCUGGAAGAAGGGGAUGACAACCUGCCAACCCAGAGCUUACCCAGUAACGUGGACUGUCCCUGGUGACCCAGAGCCUGCAGGCAAUAGGUUUUCAGGACCAUGAUCUUGAAUAAAGUCAAUCUGCCCUUCAA